AUGAGCGCGUGUAAGCGCGUGGUUCAGUUAGGGUUUCAUGCGUAUUCCGCUUCCCUAAUUAACAGGUUUACAUAUCGGCAGAUUUCUCAACUCGUUAAGUCCAACGGAAAACGGGCCUUUCUCGUCGAUACAUUGGCUCUGGUUCGAGGUUUGGAAGCACAAGGUGUGCCAUCAAAACAAGCGGAGGCAAUAACAGCAGCAAUAACCGAAGUGUUAAAUGACAGCUUGGAGAAUGUGUCCCAUUCUUUUGUUUCAAAAGCAGAAAUGCAGAAGACUGAGAUGCUUCAGGAAGCCAAUUUAUCCAAGUUUAAGUCUGAAGUAAAAAGUUCUCAGGAGCAUCAUUUUUCUAUGCUGCAACGUGAAACUGAAAAGCUUCGAGGUGACAUAGAAAAAAUGCGAAGUGAACUAAGGUAUGAAAUUGACAAAGUCACUGCUGGCCAGCGCCUGGAUUUAAAUCUUGAAAGAGGGCGAAUACGUGAUGAACUAGCCAAUCAGAAUGCGGAAACUAACAACCUGACAAACAAGCUAGAUAGGGAAAUUCAUGCUUUAAGAGCCCAGUUGGAAGCUGCAAAGUAUGAUGUGAUUAAGUACUGCAUAGGUACCCUUGUUUCCAUAUCUGCAGUUGGGCUAGCUGUAGUCCGCAUCCUGAUGUAGCAGUACAUUUGUUUUUAGUAAUGCCACUUAUUUAAAACUCAAGUUUCAUUCUUUCUCUGGCAACUGGAUUUCUGGGGAAUCACUUUGUCGACGGAUCCCAGUUGAUCUGGAACAAUUGUUAGUGCUUCUUUUAGGAUUAAGCACUACUUAUUCUGUUCAACUCUGUUUACUUGGUAUGAUUUAAUGCCAUUCUAGGAAGGUAAAGGAGAUAUUGUAGCAUGAUCCAUUCUUUUUAGAUCAUGUAAACGAUUUCUUUGCAUCCUUCUUUCAUGUAUGAUCUAAGCAACAAUUAUUGGUCCGGCAAUGGUGCGAAUUUCUCUCUCAGUACUUUAAA